AAAUAGAAAAGAGAACUGUAGCUACUAAAUAUACUGUGAGCAAAAUAAUUUUUUCUAAAAACAAAUUUCCUUAUAUAUACCAGCAAAUUUAUGAGCGUCAAAUUCCAAGUUUAAAACACAAUACUAAAUUACCACAUUACCCUUUCCCAACUUUAUUACCAAUGAUACCUAAUAUAGUUUUUAACAACAGGAAAUUUUCAAAUUUCUUCAAAAUUUUCGAUCUCUCCGCCAAUACCACCAACUGAACCCCUCACUCUCUCUCUCUCUCUACAGCUCCGCCCUCUGCCAUCAUCCCCUCCUCGUGAUUCUGCUCGCAUUAUACUCUCCGAAAUGCCAAACAUAGUAAUUUUCUUCUGGUCAAACCUAAAGUAAUUUUUAACUUUCUCCGCUGGAUUAAAAAAAUGGCAACCUCGGCUUUCAAAUCCGCGACAAAGAGAGCACCAAUCGGCAACGACAAGAACGACAGGUCGUCUGCCUCUGCUCACCGGCGGUCAAGGAGUCUCAGCCGGUUCUCCCGACCGAUUCCAUCCAACUUCUCCGACGAUGCUCCGGUUCCGUCGAGAGGGAGGUUCGUGAACACGGAGAGAGGAUCGGGAGUCCCGGAUAUGAGUCUUGACGAUCUCGCUAUUCAGUUGUUCAGUUCAGGUGAUCGAGGGAGGUCUUCGGGUUUUAGAAGUGGUGACGUCAGCAAUGGGGAGAGAGUUGUGAGUGGGUCCCAAAGGAGAGGGAGGUCUGUGUCGAGGCAAGGCAGUGAAAGUAAUAGUAACAGUAAGAGUUAUAGUGGUUGUGCGAAGGGGAAUUCAGACGGUAAUAAUUCGAGGAGAAGACGUUCUGUUUCUGUGGUUAGAUAUCAAAUUAGUGAUUCUGAGAGUGAUCUAGAUCAUUCUCAGAAUUCAAGAAAUCAUGCUAAUCCGAGGCGUCACAGUAAUGGAAACAACCAGGUCCCUUUGUCAAAUACGACACUGGCUUCAAAUCAUAGACCUGGACUGAGAAGGUCUCUUAGCCAGAAAGAUAUAAAGUAUCAUGAUGGCUACUCGAGUCAUUCAUCAAGCCUAACUGAUGAUGAAGGAAAGGAUGCUUCUUCCAAUAAAAAGGGGUUCGAGAGAACGAUAAGGACAGUUUAUGCACAGAAGAAGGCAGAGCAUCCCACCGGUGAGGAUAUGAAUAACGGGCUGUAUGAAGCAAUGAGAAAAGAACUUAGGCAUGCAGUAGAGGAGAUCAAGAUGGAGCUUGAACAUUCUAGGGGGAAAACAAAUGCAGACUGCUUGCAGUCUGGAAAAUCUGAUGUUUUUCAGGCUGGUUCUAAUAUCAGAAGGAAUCAUGCAGCAAAAUCAGAACAGUCCGAGAAGCGUAAACAAGACCUGUUAGCAAAACUACUGUUGGAGGAGAAACGUGGUAGAGAUAUCUCGAAGAUCGUGAAAGAAUUGCUUUCUGAUCCAAAAAACACUGUGGUAGAAAAGCCAUCACGAGCCCGAAAUUCUGAUCCAAAGAACACCGUGGUAGAAAAGCCAUCACGAGCCCGAAAGAGGAGUAAUGACAGAAGUAGGAUGUCUAAACGUUUGACUGAAGAGGCAGAGAAAUACUUUGAGAACUUCAUUUCAAAUGUUGAAGAUACAGAUAUUUCAUCUUUGGAUGGGGAGAGGAGUGAUACAAGCUCAACCUUAGGAGGAAUAACAAAGACAGAAACUUUCCGAAGCCCAGUGAUAUACAAGUCUCGACCUGUAGAAAUGGAUGGGGUUGCUCUGCCCUGGUUACAAUGGGAAACUUCUAAUGAUGCUUCUCCUCUAUCCAUGAAAAAUAAGGACCUAGCAUCAACUCCAAAAAGUAAUUUAUGGGAUGGUGUACAGGAAGCAACGCCUGUUCAAGAUUUAAGCACGCACUCCAUCAGUAGCCAUGGAAGCUGGAGCCCAGGACUUGCAGAUGGCCAUUCAACAAAUAUUAACGAACUUGAAGGGACUAAAUUUGGAGAACUUGAAAGCUACAAAAUCCAAAUUUUGUCCCGAAGAACAAGGUCACAGUUUGAUGUUGACGAGUAUCUGAAGCGUCCAAGUGAUGAAGAUUUUCUCUGUGAAAGAUGGAAGCAACAACAGAGAAUUCAUUCAGGCGGUCUCCUGCUCUGUAACCAAAUGUUUUUCUAGCUGUGAUCUUCAAUUUAUUCUUGAAGUUCAUUUUCGCCAACUCUAAACUACAUUGUAUAGACUUUUAGAUCUACAAAUCUUCUUAAGGUAGCUGUUGACCUUCAUCUUUUCGUCGUAAAAUCCUCGUUACAAUGUCCUUGUAAAAAUAUCGUUUGAAUCUCCUGCACAGGGAAAUCUUAUCA